GUGUUUCAACAAAUGAAAGAUACGAUGAAAGAAGUCGUAAAUGGUUUUAGUGUUUCAGAAAUUGGAGCGAGAAUUUCUGUAAUAGCUUAUGAUAAAGAUGCAAGAAUACUUUUAAAUUUUAAAGAAAAUGUAGACUUCCAAAAUGUGGUUAGGAAAAUUGAGAAAUUAGACGGAGAGACGUCUUGACUUGGCUCUUCUCACUGUACAAUCUGAAAUAUUUUCUAUGAAAGCCGGUCGACGUCAGGGAGUUCCUGCAGUACUAAUUGUUUUAAAUGGGGGCACACCAUCCACUUUAUCUAAAUUGAAUGGAAUCACAAGAUCAUUAAAGAACUCUAUAGAUAUCUGGAGUAUGAAUAGUGGGCCACAGUCUUCAUCGCAGUAUAUGAAAGAUAUGGCGUCUUCGGAUGAUCAAUUUCUUCAAACGACGUUUCUUGAGAAUCUGAAUCCAUUUAUUUCAAGGAUUAGUCAAAAACUUUGCUCAGAUAAACCGGGUGAGUGUCCUCGGCCCCAGAAUAUCUUUUGCUUGGAUCAAAGCAAUUCAUGUGAAAAAGAUCAUGAAUGUCCUGGUUAUUCAAAAUGUUGCUAUAACGGAUGUCGUAAAACAUGUUUGCAAGUUUCUGUCGUUUGUGACAAACCGUUGGAUCUAGCUAUUUUAUUGGAGUCAUCCAGAAAAUUGGGAAAGAAUAAUAUUCGCAAAUUGAAGGUUUUCACGAAAGAUCUUGUCAAUUCGUUAAUUUCUGGCAAUUCAUUGACAGAGAUAGCAUUAUUAUCAUACAGUAGCUCCUUAACAAUUCAUUUUGGCUUCAACAAAUAUAAAGGCAUUUUAAACAAACGUAAUAACAUCAUGAGAUCAAUUGAUCGAAUUAUGUUUGCUGGGAAUACAAAUUUUGCUGCCCAUCUUGCUAUAAAGCGGGCGUAUGUACAGAUAUUCACGACAGCAAGUGGAUCUCGAUUGAACGCAGUCAAGGCUGUAGUCUUGAUUACAGAUGGUCAGUUGUCAGACCCAAAGAUAAUAAGUGAAGCAAAUGAGUUAAAAAGACGCGGAGUAUCUAUCUUUCCAGUGGCAAUUUCGAAAAAUGCAAAUGUUACCAUUUUAAAAAAGAUUGCAUCAGAUCAUGUGUUUCUUGCUUCAUCUGCACUUGCAGCAAGUCAAUAUCUUAGCCAGAUAUCACUAGAAGCUUGCAAAGCUAAUUCUCCUACUGUUAUAAAAUUGAUGAAAGGACCACAAGGUGAGCCUGGAAGGCCUGGACCUAAAGGAAAUAGAGGACUUAAAGGAUUACCAGGAAAUUCUGGAUUCAGUGGACAAGCUGGCCGAGAUGGUAGAAUUGGUACACCUGGUACAUUUGGACGUGCUGGUCCACCAGGUUCUCGAGGACCAAGAGGUUCACCUGGACCAAUUUUUAUCCAAAUGGCAGGUACAGACUCUAAUGGCAGAAUACGUAGAGUUAUGGUUAUGCCGUCAAAUAAUGUUGGUCAAUCUGGCAUCAAGGGGCGUCAAGGAAUUAGGGGAGCUAGAGGAAAACUUGGGGAUUCUGGAUUGAGAGGAAGUAAAGGAGAAACUGGUACACCAGGCCGUCCAGGACAACGUGGACCAUAUGGUAGUGAAGGACUUGCUGGACGUCAUGGCGACGAUGGAUCACCAGGAAGGCCGGGUACACUUGGUGAUAAGGGUGAACGCGGUGAAGCUGGAAAAUCUGUUGGAUUUGGAGAAAAAGGACACAUGGGGCUUAAAGGUAAUAAAGGACUACCAGGUAUACCAGGGGAUCUAGGAGAUAUGGGAAAAAGAGGUGAAAUUGGAGUUAGAGGACGAAUUGGAAAGAAGGGUGCUCAGGGCAUCCAUGGAUUUCCGGGACAAACAGGAUCUUUAGGUACACUUGGAGAUCGUGGGAAAAAAGGCGGCUUAGGAAAUGAAGGAACAACAGGUCCCGCUGGAAACCCAGGGAUGGUUGGAGCCAUGGGAAGGCGUGGAAUCAAGGGAUUUCCUGGACCUUCUGGUCGCCCAGGCCACAUAGGUUUUCAAGGACAAACAGGAUCGCCAGGUUUAAUUGGUUUCGAUCAACCUCCCGGUAAUGAUGGUAUGAAAGGAAGUGUUGGAAAACCUGGACGCAAAGGAUCAAUGGGAGAUCGUGGACCGAGUGGUGUAACUGGAUCUGCUAGUAGUAUUGGAAGUAUGGGAUUUAAAGGAUCUAUUGGACCACCGGGAAUGAAGGGUAGACGAGGAAAUUUUGGGAGGACUGGCAUGAAAGGAGUAAUGGGAAGUAAAGGAUCAGUGGGUGAUCUUGGAUUGGAAGGUAUUGUUGGUGAUCGUGGAUCGCGAGGCAAGAUGGGAGAUGAAGGAGAUUUAGGCCUUGCUGGACUGGAGGGAAUCGCUGGAGAAAAGGGAAUACAAGGAUCUCGUGGUUUUGCUGGCAUCGAUGGUAAAACUGGGAAAAAGGGAGUAACUGGUGGAAAUGGCAAUUUGGGUUUGAAUGGUAGAAAAGGCACAAAGGGAAGAUUUGGUAAAGUUGGUCCUCCAGGAAGUUAUGGUAAACAGGGCUUGAAAGGUCGUAUUGGACGUCCUGGAAACCAAGGCAGAGUGGGAAUAGUGGGUUUACCUGGAGAUGAUGGUGAACAAGGUGAACUUGGUCUUAAGGGUAUUAAGGGAUACACAGGAAGUAAAGGAACUGUCGGGUUAAAAGGACAAGAGGGUCCACAAGGUUCUACGGGGCCUCUAGGUCCUUUUGGUGAUAAAGGAGAAAAGGGUAUGAAAGGUCAUUCUGGUGAUUUUGGAAUGCCUGGUUUUGUUGGUCUAUCGGGUGAACUAGGUGAACGAGGUUUAAUUGGUGAAGACGGUCUUCCUGGGGCACAGGGUUCACCUGGUGAACUUGGUGUGAAGGGAAUCAAAGGACUCUUUGGAGAUAAGGGUCCAUCUGGUGAGAAAGGAAUUCUGGGAUUGAAUGGUGAAGAGGGCAAAAUUGGAGACACGGGAGAACAAGGAUUAAUUGGUGAACCUGGCUUGCUUGGUGUUCCAGGAGAGACUGGUAACCAAGGUCCUCGUGGUCUUCCUGGCCUUUCUGGAUUGCUGGGAAAACCGGGAAAGCUAGGAGACCUUGGUGUUGCCGGAUUAUUAGGAGAAGCUGGCCGACAAGGAACACCUGGAGAAAAAGGUGAAAAGGGUGAUCGUGGAUUGGCUGGAUUGCCAGGUUUAUUAGGAUAUAAUGGAGAUCCUGGUGUAAUUGGUGCUCCUGGUCUCGUGGGAAAUCCUGGCAGUGACGGAAUUAAGGGUGCUUCAGGUAUCCCUGGUCUUAUGGGUGCAACUGGAAAAGAAGGAUUAAGGGGAAGAAGAGGUAUUGCUGGUGAUCCUGGUCCUAUAGGUGAAUCUGGGAUUUCUGGACCUCCUGGGAUAUUUGGUGGUCAUGGGGAACCAGGAAUUAUUGGUAUCAAGGGUGAGGCUGGCUUACCUGGUGAUAGGGGAUUAGCUGGGUUUGAAGGGGAUCAGGGUAAACAAGGUGCUCCUGGACCUUCAGGGACUCGUGGUGAGCGUGGUCGUUUGGGAUCUCCUGGGAUUCAAGGUGCAAAAGGCGCUAAGGGAUAUCAAGGACAUAUGGGAAUGCGUGGCGAAACAGGUCCCGAAGGAAUAUUUGGAAAAAUUGGAGAUAAGGGUAAUAAAGGUGAUACGGGGAUAGUGGGGGACUUAGGAGUGCGUGGGAUUAUCGGAUUUAAAGGUGUAGACGGCAAAAAAGGAAAUAUUGGAGAGAAUGCUCCAAUGGCCCAGUUUGGACUUCUUGGACUGCCGGGAUUUCCUGGUUCUGCUGGCUCACCUGGUGAUAUGGGUCUUGCAGGUUAUUCUGGUGUUGUUGGAGAGGAAGGAAAUAUUGGUUUACCUGGAGUAGAUGGUAAACGUGGUAAAAGGGGACCAUUGGGUAAACAGGGAUUACAAGGAUUAAAAGGAGUACAGGGAGGAUAUGGUGGUGAUGGAUUGCAGGGUGAUCAAGGCCCUCCAGGCUUUGUUGGUGAUAGUGGCAGUAAAGGAAUGAAGGGUGUGCCAGGUGAAUUCGGGAGUCAAGGUGAUAUAGGUCCUAAGGGUAUAGCUGGGAACAUUGGUGGUGAAGGUCUUCAAGGAAUAAAGGGGAUCAUUGGAGACAAGGGUGAUGGGGGGUCUGAUGGAGUCAUAGGUCGUAAUGGAGCUCCAGGAUUGCGUGGUCGCAAAGGAAGAACUGGUUCUACCGGCUCCAAAGGAGUUCGUGGAGAGAAGGGCGCUAAAGGAGAGCAGGGUCCUUAUGGAUUUGAAGGACCUCGUGGUGAUAAAGGUGUUUACGGAGACAUUGGUGAGAUUGGCAAUCCUGGAAGAAAAGGUUUUAUGGGUGAAAAAGGACAUAUUGGUUCUAUCGGUGAAGUUGGAAAAAUAGGAGAAAAGGGUGUAGAGGGUCAAAUUGGUAUCACUGGAUUGACAGGGCAUAGGGGAAGGAAGGGUGUUCGCGGAAAUAUGGGCCCUCCAGGACCUCCUGGACCUUCCGGAGAACCCGGUGGACGUCAGUCACGUGAUGGUUUCUCACGUGAUACAGCGAGAGUUGAAGACAGUCGAGAGGAUCUAACUCAGACACCAAACUAUUAUCAUAGCGACGAAGAGGAAAGUGAAUUUGAACGUGAAAGCAAACCAAGAAAAACUUUGGAUCAAUUUGAAGCAGAACUAUUAACGAAACUUCAUGGUCUUUUUAACGAUUUUGCUCUUUAUCGGAAACCAACUGGAACACGCGAAUUUCCUGCAUUAACGUGCAAAAGUCUUUUUAAUGAUUAUUCACAUUUGAAAAGUGGUAUUUAUUGGCUUGAUCCCAACGAAGGAGUAACUGAAGAUGCUGUGAAGGUUUACUGCAAUGCUGAGAAACGACUGAGCUGUAUCAAACCUCAAGCUAAAAGGACUCAAGUGAAACAAUGGUAUAAAGGAAGUGAUAGAUAUUUAUGGUUUAAACAAGAUAUUGAUGAAAAUUUCAAUUUUCGUUACUCCGUAGAAUCUGAUCAACUGACCUUCUUGCAGUUACACAGUGAUAGAGUAAAACAAACGAUAUUAUACCAUUGUAUCAACUCAACUGCAUGGUUUAAUGCAUCAAAUGACGUCAUUAACUCUAUCAAGUUGCUAGGUGAUAAUGAAAGGGAAUAUGGGGCAACAACUGCUCGUAAACAUCGUCCAAUUGUAAUCGAAGAUGGAUGUAGGAGAAAAACUGCUUCACAAAGUAGUUCUGAAUUCGAAAUCGAUACUUAUAAGACUUCGCGUUUGCCAAUUCGAGAUAUUGCUGUGUAUGACAUUGGAGAUGAUGGUGAAAAAUUUGGAUUGGAAUUGGGAGAUGUCUGUUUUAGUUAAAUAACUUAUUAUCAGUUAGUUCUUUCUUGCUUGUUAUCUUAAACCUGGAUUUUUGGGGGAGUAUAAUCAGCCAUUAUUUAGCUACCACUGUCGCUCUUAAAAACUAUUUAGGUUAGUAUGAAGUAUUAAAUAUGCUUACGAUGUAAAUUUAUCAAUUCUUCAUAACAAAAACAAUCACAGUUUUGUCAACA